AUGGCAUCGAUACCGAGCCCGACUGCAGCGGAGGUGCAAGAAGUGUUGCUGUCGCCUCACUUCAAGCACGCACCGCUGAUUGCAGACGACAAUGUGGCGUCAGGAUCUUACAGAAGACCGUCUCUCCCUAGUCCGAGCCAUUCGUUCAGAAAUGUGACCGCUUGUUCGCCGCUCAGCUCGCCUGACGAUGAGCAGAAGGCGGCGCGCGAGGCUGACAAUGCAAGUGCAGCCACAUCAGAGCGUGGAGGCCGCAGAAGAAUGGUGAGGUCUGGUACGAGUGAAUCUGUCACCCCACUCCCUGCGUCAAGUCCCAGUGACAGCACAAUCAACAGCGAUCGCGGCUCCACGACUGCCGCCAGCAGUAACAUCGUAUCUCCAGCUGUCACUACUCCCGGCAGUGACAACAAGAUAGACCUUCACAAUCGGCCCACCUCGGCAUCAUCGAUGGCGGUAUCAGUCCAGAAAUCCGCCACGUCGAGCUCCGACAUGCAGCCGGCCUUGACAGCCCAGCGCACCAACAGCAACCGUCUUCGACCACACGACGUUAGCACAGCCGCUACCCGUUCCGACGGUCUUCUCUCCGUCCCUUCGACGCCAGCUACCGACGAUCCCUUCCGUUCGCCAUCGCAGUUCAGUGUCGCUUCCGAUGCCGAUGGCUAUUUCACUGCCAGACCAGGCUCGCCCAUCGAAUCCAACGAUAUAAUGCCACUCUCGAUGCUCCGCUUCCCUUCUGCCAAAGCACACAGCGUUUUGCGUCGAGAACGAGUCUCGUGGAGUGGUCGCUCGUAUGUCAGCUGUACAUCCGACUACGAAGCAGACCUCGCUGCAGGUACAUCCAAGGCGCUUUCGAUCGAUGACGAAGCAUGUUACGUGGAUGGCGAGCACACGCUUCCUACUCUCAACCGAACAAAGGGCAAGGCGACAGAUAGAACCAACGGCAGCUCAAGACGCGUCGACUUUCUGUCGCGUCUGCCACCAGAGCUUUCGUUGUGUAUUGUGUUCAUGUUGCAAGAACAUACCGACUUGCUCCGUGCAUCGCUGGUCAGCAAGAGGUGGAGAGCGCUGGCACUUGAUCAAUCGGUAUGGCGCCAUCUCUUCUUUUCGCACCCGGGAUGGGCCAUCCGCGAAGACGCACCUUUGGUCGUGCAACAUCAAGCAGAGCUACAACGCGUCGAGGCCAAAGCAAGGCGGACCGCAGCAAAAGAGGAAGCGGACCGACUAAGACGCUUGCAGGCACAGCGCAAGGCGGCAUCCACCUCGAGUCCUUACCUCGAUCGCUUGGCUGCACUCAAAAGCUGGAGGGAAACGCUCCACAUCCCAUCCUUCCCUCAGUUAGCUGCGUUGAGUCUCACCAACCCAGCGGCGCAUACCGAGGUGGAUGUUGAUACGGGUAGACCCGUCGGCCCGCCUAUGAGCCCACUUCGUUCGCCCACAGCGGCAACGGGUAGAUUUGGGCUGUUCCUCAGCCCGGCGCGCGGUGCACCUUCAACACCAGCUGGUGCCAGGCGGGCACAAGAAGCUGCCGCGGGUUCGUCGUACUUUGCUUCGUACGAUGCAAGCAAUGUCCCGCUUUCAAGGCAGGGAAGCGUGGGAUCCAUGAGCAUGUCGAGACGCACCUCAGCGGACUCGCUUCACUUUGCAGAGGUGGUUGAGGCCGAGGAGUUCUUCGCCGCCACACUCGACUGGACUCGGCUGUAUCGAGACAGAUAUACUUUGGAGCAGAGAUGGAUGCGUGGUCACUUGGCGAGGAAGGUCGACACUGUUGAUGCGAGUGCAGCGCAGCAGAAUGAUGCAGGAGGUAUGGCUCGCACCGCUUCUGUCUCGUCGACGAACAGCGAACUCACCGCACCACCCGCUCCCGGUGCCAGCGACUCCAGCCGUGCCAUUCGAGAUAAAAGGCGGUUCGAACCCAGGAAACGCUUCCUCCGUGGACACCAGGAUUCGGUCUAUUGCAUACGACAGGACGACGGUGUGGGUACAGGAACGGCGGGCAAGCUCGUCUCUGGUUCGCGAGAUCGAACGAUCAGAGUGUGGGAUGUCGAGACGGGUGCAUGUAAGCACAUUCUCAAGGGCCACACUGCGUCGGUUCUGUCAUUGCAGUAUGAUGACCAGAUCCUCGUGUCUGUCUCUUCGGACGGCCAGGUGUUUGUUUGGGACUUUGCGAGCGUUUUGGCGACUCCAAAGGCGUCGACGCCGACAACGGAAACGCCAACGUCGACCGACCGAGCCAACGUUGAUCCGGAGUGCGGCGCUUUGGUACACGAGAAAGCCGAUCGAGUACAGUGUGUGCUCCGUGAUCACACGUCUGCAGUACUCGAUGUCGUGUUUGAUGCCAACUGGAUUGUCACAGGCUCGAAAGAUGCCACUGUGCGCGUGUGGCGUCGCUCCGACGUCACCUCCUCCUCCAGCUCCAGCAACUCUUCCGCGCCUGUUGCAUGGCGCAAGUUCACCCACACCGGUCCAGUCAACGCCGUCGACCUGCAAGGCGAUCAAGUGGUGUCUGCUUCCGGAGAGGGCUCGAUGUAUUUGUGGAAUCUGCAAUCGGGCGAGAAGGUUCAUACGUUCAAUGGACACACCAAGGGUUUGGCAUGCAUCGUACUCAAAGGCAAUACCUUGGUCAGUGGGAGCAACGAUCAGACAAUCAGAGUUUGGGAUACGAGCAGUGGUGAAUGCACGCACGUGCUGGGCGAGCACCAGAUGUUGGUGCGAACGAUCGCGUUCGAUCCUACAAGACGCUUGGUUGUCAGCGGAGGGUAUGAUCGUCUGAUCAAGCUAUGGCAUUUGGACGAUUCGCGAAACGCAACUUGCCAUGGAUCGCAAGAGCAGCAGGACGCUGAAGCGGAAACACAAGCCCAAAUCGAAGGCUCAGACAUCGAGCAAGCAUUGCAGCAGCAGCAAAAUGCCAGUGAAGAAGUAGAAGACAAGCCGAUUACAGGCAAAUGUCUAAGAGACAUCCGUUGUCAUCGAGCAAGAAUCUUCGACGUCGAUUUCAACACUACCCGCAUCGUCUCGGCUAGCGAAGAUCAUCUGAUCUGUAUCACUCAUUUUGGCGGGCAGGGCGUGGAUACGUCACUGUUUGCAUAG